CUGACCAAGUUGGUUUAACACACACAAAAACAGAAAAGUGAUAAAAUUAAAACAGACAUGGAUUUCGCCAAAGUGACUUUUGAUAAACGUAAACAAAUCUGGACUACACCCAGUACCCAGGGUGUUUAUAAUACCGAAUGUGCUUUGGGCAGAAUCUUGUACAAUCAGUUGAAUAGUUUUCCCAAUGUAACCCUACAGAUUGAUCAUUCUUCAAAUGUUACCUUAAAAGCCCGCGAGGCUUUAACCAUGGCUGUGCGUAUUGCCCAGCAUUUCAAUGAAAUGAAAUUGCAACAGGAUGACAUUAUUGGUUUUGCUGUCAAAAAUACCACUCAUGUUUUACCCACCGUCAUUGGUUGUUUCUUCAAUUGUACCCCCUUCCAUGCCGUCAAUCCCGUUCUGGAUGAAUCUACUUUGGGCCAUUGUUUCGGUUUAACCAAACCCAAAUUGAUUUUCUGUGAUGCUGAGGUCUACAAAAAGGUUUAUUUGGCCACCAAAGCCUAUAAGCCAAAAAUUAUCACCAUGUCGGGCGAUGUUGAAGGUGUAGUAAAGAUAACUGAAUUGUUGGAACCCACCAAAACAGAGAGAUUUUAUCAACCUAAACACUACAGCAUUGGCGGUCAUCAAACAGUAGCAAUUCUAUGCUCAUCUGGUACCACUGGUAAACCCAAGGCCGUUUGCUUAGCUGGCUUCAAUUUAAUUCAUGAGUUACCAUAUGUAACCAGUGAAACUGUUUUAUAUGUACCCAGUGCUAUUGAUUGGAUAACAGGUUUGGCAUUUAUGGUGGCCAGUUGUAUGACCGGUUCCACUCGCAUUAUUGCCGACAAGCCCUUCAAUGCCGAUGACUUUAUAGGAUUAAUGAAAAAAUACAAAAUAACAAAUGCCUUCUUGGCACCACGUUACAUUGCUGCUUUGGUUAAUCAUCCUCAGGCUAGCAAGGAAGUAUUCGCCUCCCUGCAAAUGGUGCAAUCGGGUGGCAGUACUGUUACAGAGACAUUACUCAAGAGUUUCAAGGCUUUACUCAAUGAAUAUGCCAUUGUUAUUUUUGGUUAUGGUCUGACUGAAUUUGGAGCCAUUGCUGGUAAUAUUGACAUAAGCCGCCUUACUUCGGUGGGACAAUUGGCUCCCAAUCUAAGUCUGCGUAUUGUAGAUGAUGAUGGCAAGAAUUUGGCCCACAAUGAGGUGGGUGAAAUUUGUGUAAACCAUGGCAAAUACUGGGGCGGUUACUAUGGCAAUCCCAUUGAAACACAACGUAUGCGUGAUGCUCAGGGUUGGUAUCAUACCGGAGAUUUGGGCUAUAUGGAUGAUGAGAACUUCUUGUAUGUGGUGGAUCGUAAGAAGGAAAUUCGUAAAUACUUGGGUCUACACUUUUGGCCCAAAGAAAUUGAGGAGGCCAUCGUUGAGAUGCCCGGUGUUAAGGAUGCUUGUGUUAUAACCGUAUCCAAUGAGACCAAGGGUGAUUGUUCGGGUGCUCUGGUGGUAAAGGCAUCAAAUAGUUCCAUUACAGAACAGGAUGUAAUCGAAUAUGUUAAAAAUCGUUUGGUGGACAUACACAAACAAAUACAUGCUGGCGUGUUUUUCGUUGAUCAAAUUCCACAAAAUGCCAAUGGUAAAAUGGUGAGAAUUGAGGGUAAAAAGAUCUUUGAAUCAAUGUUAGAACGUAAUUUAAUAUGUUAGUUAGUGCAUAUGUAUUUAGAUCUAGUAGUAAAUUUUAUAAUUUUAAACAUAAAGCAAAUAGUAACAAUGACAAUAAACUAUAAUUUUAUU